AUGAUUCUUAUUUUUCUUCUUUACUUUUCCAAUGGAUUAACUCUCUUAAUAAACCUAAAAAUGGGUGGCAAAGGUAAGAAGAAAAGAGAUACCCCAGAAUCCUUCAAAGAAAAAGGUAACUCUGCCUUUAAUAUGCGCGAUUUUUCACGAGCUCUUGAAUCAUACUCAAAAGGUUUAGAACUAGACCCAAACCAUGCCACCCUGCUUACAAAUCGAGCAUCAGUUUAUAUAGAACUCCAUAGAUAUGAAGACGCCAUCACAGAUUCUGCUAAAGCAAUAGAAGUUGACCCAAGCUGAAUCAAAGAUAAGAUUAGGAUUAAAAAGUUUAAAGAAUUCCAGACUUGAUGCUCCACAUCCUUACGACCAUCGGAGCCUGCUUGCUGGAGGAAUUCAGUCAUAUGAACCCUGUCUCAACAGCGGUCUACUUCAGGAACCUUGGGUGGACCGAUUUCCUGAGUCUCGAUAGUUUUAUGAAUCCUCUUCCUCCACGUCAUUCAGGUGCUAUAGAGGCAAAGCCACCUGAUGCCUCCAGCCAACCACCUGGGGGGAUGUGACACGUAGGAAAAAAGAAUUACGGCCCUCUAGAACUUGCACGGCCCCAAAAGCUAUCCGAAUAACUAAUACCUUGACUGGAAUUGCCAUUAGCUGAUUUCCAAGACUUAUCAAACCCAUAAGUCACUCUAGGCAAUUCAAGGGUUAGGAUUAAAGGGCAUGAGCCUUUGCGUAUGCUAUAAAGCAAUUUGGCGCCAAAAAUGGUACAUCUUCAAGGACACAUUUGUCGCCACCAUCAUAUUAAAUAUACUAAAUCAAAGGUUACUUGCGUAUGGCUUUAGCCUUACGAGAGUUAAGCAGAUUCCACGAAGCCAUUGAUUUUGUGCAUCGUGGACUUACAAUUAAGCCUGACUUUGAAGAACUCUUAAUCUUGCAAAAAGGCAUUGAAGAAGAUUUAGCAAUAGAAACAGCUCUUCCUUUAGAUCACCCAGAAAGAGUCAAAUUUGAUAACUUGAUUAAGUGGCUGCUUGAUGGAGGAGCCCAAUUCCCCAAGCUAAAAUUAAGAUUUUAUUCAAAAGACUACAGAGGCGUCCACAGUACCACUUUUAUUGCAAAAAACGAAACCAUCGUAAUAAUCCCAAGAACUCAUAUCAUUACUUUAGAAAUGGCCAAAGCAACCCCAAUUGGGCAAAAAAUGGUCGCAGCCAAUCUAAACUUGUUGUCUCCUAAACAUUCCUUUUUAUCGUCCUUUAUUUUACAAGAAAAAGCUAAAGAAGAAAGCUGGUGAAAGCCUUAUUUAGACAUUUUGCCUGAGUCUUAUUCUAAUUUUCCAAUAUUUUAUACAGAAGAAGACAAAGAAUGGCUGACUGGCUCUCCUUUUCUAGACCAAGUAAACGAAAAAAUUCAAGAUAUAGAAGAAGAUUAUAACGCUAUUGUAGAAGCUGUCCCUGAGUUUGCAGAAUUUCCAUUAUUUGAAUUUUCUAAAAUCAGAAUGGGAGUCAGUUCUAGGAUUUUUGGCAUGCAGAUUGACGGGAAUAAAACUGAUGGCUUUGUACCUCUGGCUGAUAUGUUAAACCAUAGAAGACCAAGACAGACCACGUGGUCUUAUGAAGACUCAAAAAAUGGAUUUGUUAUUGAAGCUAUGGAAGAUAUAGAAAGAGGACUGGAAGUUAUGGACAGUUAUGGGAAAAAAUGCAACUCAAGGUUUUUAUUAAAUUAUGGAUUUAUUGUGAGGAAUAAUGACGCCAAUGAGUACCCAUUUAAAUGCAAGCUGAGGGAGGAUGACCCGAAUUUGAUGACAAAAAGAAAUUUAAUUGAUGGAAGCUUGUCACAGACUUUUAGGGUGCAGGCUGAUGAAAAAGAAAACAUUUUUAGUGACUUUUUAGGGUUUUUGAGGUUUGUGGAGCUUAAUGAUAUAUCGAUUUUGCCGAGGAUUAUGGAGGAAUGCCAAGAAGAAGAGCAGCCAGGGUUUAAACCAAGAAAAAUUAAGCCAAUUUCUUUGGCAAAUGAAAGAAGAGUGCUGCAGCAUGUGCAAAAAUUAGCUAAAAAUGGCAUAGAUUUGUACCCUGAAACUUUAUAUUCAUUAUAAUGAAUUUGCAAUUUUUUUAAAAAAUAAUUCAAAAAUAAAAAUUUAUUAGGAAAAAUAUAAGCCUAUCUUUAAAGACCAAAAUAUUAAAUUUAAAGCCACAUUUUCUAUUCUCUCUAUGUAUUUUAAUAUUUAAAAUAGUUAUUAGAACUUCUAUUUAAAUAAAAAGAAAUAGAAUCAGAUGCUCAAAUUUUAUUAAGAGAAGAUUUAACUGAAAAUCAAAGAAAUUGUGUCUUAAUGAGACAAGGGGAAAAACAAAUUUUAGAUUGGUAUUUUAAAUUUGCUGAACAAGCUUUAGCUCUUUUAGACUUGGAAAGAAAAGAUGUCAAAAAAGCAGCGAAAGGGAGUCCUUAUGAGUCUUACUUAACACACAGCAUAAUACCUUUGUUAGGAAAAUAA